GGCGAGCCCCGCCCCGCCCCAUCCCUCGCACAAAUAUCAGCCUGGGCUGUAAUCAUGGCGUCCGAGCGGCUGCCAAGCAGGCCUGCCUGUCUCCUGGUGGCCAGCGGCGCUUCCGAAGGUGUGUCUGCCCAAUCCUUCGUCCACUGUUUCACACUGGCCAGUGCUGCCUUCAACCUACAGGUGGCCACCCCAGGGGGAAAGGCCAUUGACUUUGUGGAUGUGACUGAUAGCAAUGCCCGAUGGGUACAAGACUUCCGCCUCAAGGCAUAUGCCAGUCCUGCUAAGCUGGAGUCCAUAGACGGUGCCCGGUACCAUGCCCUCCUGAUUCCCAGCUGUCCCGGCGCCCUGGCUGACCUUGCCAGCAGUGGGUCCCUGGCUCGAAUACUGCAACACUUCCGCUCUGAGAACAAACCCAUCUGUGCCAUUGGCCAUGGUGUUGCUGCCCUGUGCUGUGCUACCAAUGAAGAUAGGUCCUGGGUGUUCCAGGGCUAUAGUCUGACAGGGCCUUCUGUGUACGAGCUCAUCAGAGCACCUGGCUUUGCCCGUCUACCAUUGAUCGUUGAGGACUUUGUGAAGGACUCUGGUGCUGGCUUCAGUGCCAGUGAGCCUGACGCUGUGCAUGUGGUGCUGGACCGCCAUCUGGUCACUGGCCAGAAUGCUAACUCCACCGUUCCUGCUGUCCAGAACCUGCUCUUCCUCUGCGGCAGUCGGAAGUAAGCUUGGAUGCUGUCCUGGUGGCCUAGAGAAAAGGACUGAACUCACCGUGGCCUCUUGUACUGAUCCUUACUCGAUGGGACACUCAAGCCUCCAUUGGGACCUUGGGGAUCGCUGGAAGCCUCUAGGGAUUACUACUUGUGGACUGUCGGUUCUAAUGUAGACUAAGCACCCUUCCUCCAUCCCAGCAGUGUCUUGGCUGGCCAGGCAGUCCCGAGAACUCCAGACUGACCAUGCCAAGAAGAACCGCCCAGAGGAUGUAGUCAGCUGUGGGGUCUUAGGAUGGGGGUUACUCCUCUGUGGGCUUUCGGCUAUUUCUGUCCCUUCAGCUGUUCAUGGGGACCGUGUGGACAGACCACAGGCUGGAGCUUGCUCUGAACGCUCAUCUUUCCUUUUUUUUUAAAAAAAACUUGUUUAUUUUUAUA